GUCAAAACUCUUCCUUUUGUGUGUUUUGGAAACAGAGUCUCUAUGAAUCGAAGCAACAUACAACUUAAGAAAAAAACAGACGAAAAAUUCUGAUGGGUUUCAUCGCUCUGCAAUCUUGGAGCAGAGGAGCUUCAACUUCUCUUCACCUCCUUCGUCCAGUUGGCUCCAACCCUAAGCUAUAUGAUGCUCCACUAGUACAAGCAGUUACUGGUUUUAAGUUUGAUGUAAGAGCUUCUUCGAGUCGUAAAUCACUUAAGAAACUUAGAAGAGAGUCUCAACAAGGUAAAGACAUAACCACAAGAAAUGUUACAGAAGAAGAAGUUUCUUCUCCAAAGUUUGAGGAAGCUCAAGUUGAUACUCCAACUUCAAAGGAUUCUACCGAUGCUGUUGUUGUUGCUCCUCGAGACAAAGUGCUUCAGGCGUGUACUGUAACUUCUGGUUCAAUGGCUGCACUAGGUCUGAUCAUCAGAAAGGCGUCUCAUGUUGCUUCGACUGAAGGAUUACCGGUUCCAGAUUGCUCUAUAGAUGUACCAUUUGGGUUUGAAACUUGGCAUCUCGGUUUAAUUGCUGGAAUCGUUGUGUUUAUAUCGUCAAGUAGGUUCUUGCUACUUAAAUCUUGGCCAGAUUUUGCUGAUUCUAGUGAAACAGCAAACCGACAGAUUCUUACUUCGCUUGAACCUUUAGAUUAUCUUGUGGUUGCAAUGUUACCUGGAAUUAGUGAGGAGAUGCUCUUUAGAGGUGCAUUAAUGCCUUUGCUUGGAACCAAUUGGAACGGUAUUGUAGCGGUUGGACUCAUUUUCGGUUUACUUCAUCUUGGGAGUGGAAGAAAGUAUUCUUUUGCAGUUUGGGCAUCGAUUGUCGGUAUAAUCUACGGUUAUGCAGCUGUUCUAUCUUCGAGUCUUCUUGUUCCGAUGGCCUCGCACGCGCUCAACAAUUUGGUCGGAGAAAUGGCGAGUGGAUGUGCUAUACAUGGUGGUUGUCCCAGCGAUUACGUCGCCGUCGCAAUUUCAGUAAUCUGCUUCUUCGUGCUUCUAUCGCGCUCGGUGUUACCGUGUUUGAUUCACAAGGCUCCUCGUACUAACAGUAGCAGUUUCUGGAUCCCUGUUAUUCAAGUUAUCGCCAGCUUCAACCUUCUGUUCUCAAUUAUGAUGUCAGUUAAUUUACUUCGAUUCAGGACGAAACAUUGGUGGCGAUAUUGCUAUCUUUGGGCAGUGUGGAUUGAAGGACCACUUGGAUUUGGUUUGCUGAUGAGCUGCCGUAUAACUCAGGCAUUUCAACUAUACUUCAUAUUUGUCAAGAAACGUCUACCACCCGUAAAAUCAUACAUUUUCCUCCCCCUUGUUUUGUUGCCAUGGAUCUUCGGAGCUGCAAUUAUCCACGCAACAAAGCCUCUCAAUGAUAAAUGCCACAUGCGUCUUCAAUGGACUUUCCCAGUUGCAGGCCUUCAUGCUCUCUAUGUCCUUGCUUUAAUUGCAUUCACAAGAGCAGUCCGACAUGUAGAGUUUCGUUUUGAUGAGCUUAGAGAUCUCUGGAAAGGAAUUCUCGUCUCAGCCACUUCAAUCAUUAUAUGGGUAACAGCGUUUGUGUUGAAUGAGAUUCAUGAAGAAAUAUCCUGGCUUCAGGUUGCUUCAAGAUUUGUGCUUCUAGUCACGGGUGGGAUUCUCGUCGUUGUCUUCUUUUCCAUCUCGAGUAAUCAACCUCUUCUUUCACAAAUCAGCUUGAAGAAAAGAGAACACUUUGAGUUUCAAAGAAUGGGUCAAGCUCUAGGCAUUCCCGAUAGCGGCUUAUUAUUCCGAAAGGAGGAAUAUCGACCUGUUGAUCCAAACGAGCCACUCGAUAAGCUUCUUCUCAAUAAAAGAUUUCGCCAAUCGUUUAUGGAAUUUGCUGAUAGCUGCUACGCUGGAGAAACAUUGCAUUUUUUCGAAGAAGUGUAUGAGCAUGGUAAAAUCCCGGUAGAUGAUUCGAUAAGAAGAAUCUACAUGGCUCGACAUAUCAUGGAGAAGUUCAUUGUCGCAGGAGCGGAAAUGGAAGUAAACUUAUCUCAUAAAACCCGACAAGAGAUCUUAACCACUCAAGAUCUAACUCACUCUGAUCUCUUCAAGAACGCAUUAAACGAAGUGAUGCAAUUGAUCAAGAUGAACUUGGUGAGAGAUUACUGGUCAUCCAUCUACUUCAUCAAAUUCAAAGAAGAAGAAAGCUGCGACGAGGCAAUGCAAAAGGAAGGAUGGAGUUUUUCAUCUCCAAGACUGAGUUCAGUUCAAGGCUCUGAUGAUCCUUUCUAUCAAGAACAUAUGUCAAAGAGUUCCAGAUGCAGUAGUCCCGGUUAAGGAGUCUAAACCGGUACUAAACCAGAACCCAAAACCAAUGUUCAUAGCAAUCCAAUUCAUAUAAUCUUCUUCACAUUUCUUGUACAUGUCCUUUUCUUACUCUUUUAUACCAAACUGAAGAGAAAGUGUCCGGUUCUGAUUUUGGUUUAGUUUUGAACGUGUAUACCGGAAAAAAAAACUAUGGAACCAUACUAAUUUAAUAUCUGGAAAAAUUUAUACGUUUAUGCCAUCUGUUUGAGAGUAAACAUAAUAAAUGUCUUAAAAUAUC